AUGGCCUUAGACACUGUGGACGGAUUCUAUUUCUCAGCAUUGUUUGAUGAUGAACAAUUGUUCCCAAUUUCAGAUGAAAAAUAUGCUGAGGAAUUGCAACUGCAAGAGGCAUUAGUGUCUGCAGUCGCCGUGCACAUUUCAGAAUUUAAUAAGUUUAAAAGGGUCAAGAGGGAAAUCAAGAAGGAAAUUGGAGAAUCUCUUGGAAUGUUCUGCAUGAUUUCCUGCGUCAACAAAUAUGUAACUUGCAAAAUAGUACUACAAGAAAAUGUUAACGUUAUCAAGUGUCCGGAUAUUGCUUGUAAAGCCGUAAUUAAACCUAAGUUAUGGCGAGAAAUUGUUUCUAAGGAAGUGUUUGAUAGAUGGGAAAAUACUUUGCCUGAACCUCUUCUUUUGGGUAAUUCGCUGAAAUUGUACUGUCCUUAUAAGGAUUGUUCAGCUAUGUUGGUUGUUGAUAGGAGUGAAACUGUGAUUUACUCUGAGUGUCCCAAUUGCAGUAGAUUGUUUUGUGCUCAGGGCAAUGUGUCGUGGAAUGAAGGAUUGGGUUGCAAAGAGUUUCAGCGUUUGGGCAGAGCUGUGAUGCUGAUGGGAAUUGCCAAGAACAAGAAAUGGCGGAGAUGUCCUAAGUGCAAGAGCUACGUUUAA